AUGCCUCUUUCGUGUCGAUUUUACCAAGAAAAGUAUCCGGAGGUGGAAGAUGUGGUUAUGGUGAACGUAAGGAGUAUCGCGGAGAUGGGCGCGUACGUCCACCUGCUGGAAUACAACAACAUUGAAGGCAUGAUCUUGUUGUCCGAGUUGUCGAGGCGUCGUAUCAGAUCCAUCAACAAAUUGAUCAGAGUUGGCAAGACUGAGCCUGUCGUUGUCAUCAGAGUCGACAAAGAAAAGGGAUACAUAGAUUUGUCAAAACGUCGUGUCUCCGCAGAAGACAUAGACAAAUGUACAGAGAGGUAUGCUAAAGCGAAAGCAGUGAACUCUAUCCUGCGUCACGUUGCUGAACUCCUUCAUUAUGAGAGCUCCGAACAGUUGGAGGAGCUGUACAAGAGGACAGCUUGGCUCUUUGAGGAGAAGUACAAGAAGAAAGCCUCCGCUUAUGAUUUCUUCAAACAGGCUGCCGUUGACCCCUCAGUAUUAAACGAGUGUGGUCUUGAUGAGAAGACAAAGGAAGUCCUUCUAGCCAACAUCAAGAGGAAGCUGACGUCACAAGCGGUGAAGAUCCGCGCGGACAUUGAGUGUGCGUGCUAUGGUUACGAAGGCAUUGACGCUGUACGUGCUGCGUUGAAGGCUGGACUAGCGCUGUCCACCGUGGACCUACCCAUCAAGAUCAAUCUUAUUGCUCCACCUUUGUAUGUAAUGACCACAUCAACGCCGGAGAAGGCGGACGGUCUCAAAGCGCUGCAGGACGCCAUCGACAAAAUUAAAGAAACUAUUGACGCUGCUGGCGGUGUCUUCAAUGUGCAAAUGGCGCCUAAGGUGGUGACGGCGACAGACGAGGCCGAGCUCGCGCGGCAGAUGGAGCGCGCCGAGGCCGAGAACGCAGAGGUCGCUGGAGACUCCGCCGAGGAGGACGAGGACCAGGGUAUGGGCGACGUACGUAUGGAUGAUGAGCCGCAGCAGAACGGAGCGUCAGAUGAAGACGAUGAUUAG